AUGUUCUUCCUUUCGUACAAAAUGAAAAUUUCCCCUUAAAAUCCCCCUCCUUUAGGUUUCUGGCCUUGGAUUGUUGGAAUCAAUGACGAUUGUUUAUAAUUUAUUUUUUCUAAUUUUUUCUUUGUUCCUAACUUAUAUUUUCCUUUUUCGGGUUGUUUUGAUCAGAACCGGCUUGAUUUAUAUCGUCAAGAAAAAAUGUAGUUCUAUUGAAGAUUGGUUCCAUGUCUACCAGUUCUUCAAAGUCCCAGAGUUCAAUGAAAGCAUGCAGAGAAACCAACUUUAUCACAAAGUUUUGCUUUAUCUGAAUUCCCUCACUUCCAUCGAAGAUUCCGAUUUCACCAAUCUCUUCACCGGCAAGAAAUCUAAUGAAAUCGUCCUCCAUCUCGACCCAAACCAAAUACUCGAGGACGAGUUUCUGGGUGCCAAGUUUUUCUGGAUUAACGAAGAGAACACUUUGGUGUUAAAGAUUCGGAAAGCCGAUAAACGAAGAGUUCUCCGGCCUUAUCUCCAACACAUCCACAUGGUUUCCGAUGACUUCGAUGAGAAGAAACGAGAGUUGAAGCUUUACGUGAACGUCGUCGAUAAACAUGAUGAUCGAAAGGGACGGUGGAGAUCCGUUCCUUUCACGCAUCCUUCGACGUUUGAAACGUUAGCCAUGGAAUCGGACCUUAAAGAAAAAGUCAAAUCCGAUCUGUACUCCUUCCUGAAGGCCAAACAUUAUUAUCAUCGGCUGGGUCGGGUGUGGAAACGGAGCUACCUCCUUUACGGUCCUUCAGGUACCGGAAAAUCAAGCUUUAUUGCUGCCAUGGCUAAAUUCUUGAGUUACGAUGUUUACGACAUUGAUUUGUCCAAGGUUUAUGAUGAUUCCGAUCUUAAAUUUCUCUUGUUACAAAGCACUACGAAAUCAUUGAUCGUUAUCGAGGAUCUCGAUCGGUAUUUUUCUGAGAAAUCGACGGCCGUGAGUUUAUCGGAGAUUUUAAGUAUCAUGGAUGGGAUUUUAACCUCCAGUUGCGGCGAAGAAAGAGUCAUGGUCUUCACGAUGAACGGCAAAGAUCUCGUUGACCCGGUGAUUCUUAGACCGGGACGGAUUGAUGUUCAUUUACAUUUCCCAUUAUGUAAUUUUACGGCUUUUAAAACACUGGCCAAUAGUUAUCUAGGGCUCAAGGAUCAUAAACUGUUCCCGCAAGUAGAGGAGAUUUUCCAAAACGGGGCGAGUUUAAGCCCGGCUGAGAUUAGCGAGUUAAUGAUCGCUAACCGGAAUUCACCUAGCCGGGCUCUGAAAACGGUCAUCAAUGCAUUGCAAUCGGACGGUGACGGGAGGGAGGCUUUAAAUAUCAGGCGGCGGUCGGUUGAGGAAAUUGGUGAACCUAGCGGGGCUUUUUGUAAAGGCAUAAAUGCGGGAAAGGAGUUCAAGAAAUUGUACGGUUUGUUGAGGGUGAAAGCUUGUAGAAAAUAUCAGUCUUUCGAUCUUAUUGGUCGUCAAAACGAGGGAUGACGAUGAACUUUUGGUCACUGUUUAUUAGAA